ACCAGUCUCAGCGGUGUUCAACGCUUGUUUUCUGAUGAUGGCAGGGCAUCUGGAGCUUGAGAUCGGAGCGCGUCAAGUGAGUGCGCCUGCAGCAGCAAUCCAACAAGUGGACGUAUGAAUUUGCUGAAAGCAAGCUUAAACAAGGCUAUCAGAGCACUUAUAGCAUCAUUUAUCGUAACGAAUACCGGUUUAGAUUAGAGAGAAACAUCCUCCGCUACCUGAUGUGAGGCUCAUUUUAACCAAUCAUGGUGAAGCGGUCAACGCAUUUGCGCGCAACGUGCACUUUUCAAAUGGCUUUAUUGUUCUGAACACUUACAACUGAACUGCAGUAAGGUAAGACAGCCUCAGCAUUUAUUCUGCUCUUCAUUUAUUGACCCAAAGGAGGAUUAAGGCAAACACAUUGAGGAAUUCACCGCAUUUCCCAUCACCAUGCUCUCAAUCCAUGGACACUCUGCUCCGUUCCAUAUGUGAGCACGCAAGGGAAGCUGGAAUCAUCUCCAUAGACAUUUCUUUAUGACGAGGGUGGAGGUGGGAGAAAAAGAUUGCAGUCAUGCCGAUGCAUCCAGUCACCUCUACGCUGAUGUACCGGGGCAUCUGCACUAUCCCCGACAUCCUCUCCUACAGCGCCCCGGUAAACCUGCCCGAAGACGAGGUUGAAGAGAUUCGAGAGGCCUUCAAGGUGUUUGAUCGAGAUGGAAAUGGGUUUAUCUCAAAGCAGGAGCUGGGAAUGGCCAUGCGCUCCCUGGGCUACAUGCCAAACGAGGUGGAGCUGGAGGUCAUCAUCCAAAGACUUGACAUGGAUGGUGAUGGCCAGGUGGACUUUGAGGAGUUUGUAACUCUUUUAGGUCCAAAGCUGACAGCAGCAGGGGUGCCAGACAAGUUCAACGGAACUGAUUUUGACUCAGUUUUUUGGAAGUGUGACAUGCAGAAAUUGACAGUUGAGGAGCUGAAGAGGCUUUUGUAUGACACGUUCUGUGAUCACCUAUCGAUGAAAGAUAUAGAAAAUAUCAUUAUGACCGAGGAGAACCACAUAGAGAACCCAGAGGAAUACCAGGUGGAUAUUGACACCUCCAGCCCAACCCAGCAAGUCAAGCAAACCUGUGUGCGCAAGAGCUUGAUAUGCGCCUUUGCCAUUGCUUUCAUCAUCAGUGUCAUGCUUAUUGCAGCCAAUCAAGUGCUGCGAAGUGGCAUGAAGUAAGACCUGGGGAACAAUAGUGUCCUUGAUUUCACCCUAAUGGCUACGAUACAUAAAAACUAAAGAAAAAGUUAAAAUAUUGAGAAGAGUGACAAUCACAGAACUGUAAACCAUGCCGAAAAAUAACUUCAGUGUAACUGGACCCACCAAUGACUCUGAUUACUUGGAUUUGUCUCAGUAAAGACAAAAAGAUACCUUGAAAAACACGAGGACACCAUACACAAACAGAUGGAAAUGUGUAAAGUACACCUAACAAUACAUAUCAUUCGCCAGGAUAUUAUGACUAUUCAUCAGCAGUGUGCAAUGAGUAGCGUUAUAUUGUUGUGUGCAUUAAUGAGAGAAAUGUGUUGGCAAUCUUGUUUUGUAUUUGUUCAGUGUACCAUGGUUUGUCAUGGAAAAAAACAGAGUCUCUGAAAAUCUUUCGGAUCAUUGGAAGAAAGGUAUUACAGAGGCUGAAAGGGGUUAAGUUCAAUCUCUGAAGUGAAAGUUGUGGGGUGGUUCCACAUUGUUCAAAAUCAGCUGAGAAUAAGAAUCACAAGGCAAGAUCAAAGAUCAUGGAGAGGGUUUGCUGGAAGGUAGCAGUGUGUAUGGAUUUUUCAUUUACAGUCAGCUCGGCUUCAAUUUAAACUCAACAGAGAAGAGUUUAGAAGGUGAACAGACAUGACUGAACGGACAGUUGACUAGCCAAAAACCUGCGGGACAUACAGCAAACUCUUGACACACUCCUCUUCGGAGGCCUCAAAUGAGUACUAUCAUCUAUGCAUGAAAUGCAUGGAUUUAAACAAUUGUCUUGGUACAUUUGUAACAUUUCUUGAUGAUAUAUGAAUCAUCAUCACUGUGCUGUUUCCAAUGAAUAAGGUAAAACUGUGAGCAACGUGGUGAAAAGAUGAUGGCAGCUGAAUGAAAGUAGGUAAUUCACCUGGAUAAAAAAAAAAAAAAAAAAAACUUAGGACAGGUUAGUUAAAAAAAAAUAUCUGGUGGAAUU